AUGCCUCCUGCACGGCCCACCAGUCGUCGUAACGUCACGAACGAGAACGAUGAAAACGCGGCAACGACACGUCUGACGCGCGCCAAGGCUGCUGCGCUGACCUCAUCGCACGAGGCCUCCGCUGCUGACCCCCCCAAGAAGGCUGUUACCAAGAAGACCACGACCGGUGCCACGACUACUCGCAAGAGGAACGCGCUGGGUGAUGUGACGAACGCGAAGGGCGAGGUGGCUGAUGCGAAGGGUGGAAAGGAUGGCAAGGAGGCUAAGAAACCGUUGACGGCCAAGCGCGGUGCCGUUGCCCAGGCUGCCGCCCCCACUGGUGUCACCAAGGCUUCCAAGACGACUACGACGCGUUCCGUCCUCGGUCCUAAGGAGAAGGCUACCGUGAAGCGUCCUGCUAGCGGUUCUGGUGCUGUUGGUGGCACGACCAAGAAACGCGUCACCACCACCAAGGAGACUAAGGAGACGAUCAAGGAGGAGGAAGUCCCUGCCAGCGAGAACAUUGCCCCCACGAAGCAGACGACCAAGUCGAAGGUGGAGGCCAAGGUUGUCGAACCCGUUGUCGAGGCCCCCCCGAAGGCCGCCCUGAAGGCCGCCCCCUCGAAGCCCGAGCCCGCGCCCGCCAAGGCCGCUCCUGAAGUGAAGGAAGCUUUUGUCGAGAAAUACGAUGACGUUCCCGAGAUCCCCGAUCUGGAUGAGGAGGAUGCCAAUGACCCGUUGAUGGUUUCUGAGUACGUCUGCGAGAUCUUCGAGUACCUGAAGGAAUUGGAGAUUGCGACGAUGGCCAACCCCGACUACAUGGACAACCAGUCCGAGCUUGAGUGGAAGAUGCGUGGUAUCCUGGUUGACUGGCUUCUGGAGGUCCACACUCGCUUCCGUCUUCUCCCGGAGACUCUGUUCUUGGCCGUCAACAUCAUCGACCGUUUCCUUUCUCGCAAGGUUGUUCAGCUUGAUCGUCUCCAGCUCGUCGGUGUUACUGCCAUGUUCAUCGCUUCCAAGUACGAGGAGGUCCUGUCGCCUCAUGUCCAGAACUUCCGCCACGUCGCUGAUGAUGGCUUCACUGAGGAGGAGAUUCUGAGCGCCGAGCGUUUCGUCCUCGCUGCCCUGGACUACGACCUGAGCUACCCCAACCCGAUGAACUUCCUGCGCAGGAUAUCGAAGGCCGACAACUACGACAUCCAGACACGUACUCUUGGCAAGUACCUCUUGGAAAUCAGCUGCCUUGACCACCGCUUCAUCGCCUACCCCCCGAGCCAGAUCUCGGCCGCCGCCAUGUACCUGGCACGUCUGGUCCUCGACCGUGGUGAGUGGGAUGCUGUCCUUGCCCACUACGCUGGCUACACUGAGGAGGAGAUCAAGCCUGUGCUGGACCUCAUGAUCGACUACCUCAAGGCUCCCGUCAUCCACGAGGCCUUCUUCAAGAAGUACGCCAGCAAGAAGUUCCUCAAGGCCUCGAUCGUCCUUCGCCAAUGGGCCAAGAAGUACUGCGUAGAGCCGACCAGCUCGUCGAAGGAGGCGAAGAAACCUACCAAGUCCUUGUAA